UGUCCCUAUCGAUAUCAUCACGUGCGGCCGUUCCUUUCUACAUGGUCACUUUUCUCACCUCAAGAAAGAAGGCUCUGUGCAAGACGGUGUUUUUGCUCGCUGCUUUCAGCAACAAACAGGAACCUGGCCUUUUUCUUUGGCUAUUUAUAAAGGCAAAAGAUAUUUUCCUGUGGAUCGCAAGGCCCUGUUGCUGGAAGCAACAAGGACAACUUUCUGAUGAGGAUCAAGGCCUCCUGUCAUCAAGUGAAGGGUCAACGAACGCUCGGCAGUUGGAUCAAGAAACGCAACCAGCGACCAAUAAAGCUCCCGUAACCGAAGAAAUAAUCGAAAAAUGCCUCACGGGAGGAACCAAAGGAAAGCCCAAAAGGGAACCGAGACAAAAGAAGAGACCCACAACUCAGCCAUCGGCAGACAGGAAAGCAGCUUCCAAAGGCCCAAAGCAGCCCAAGAAGAGGAGUCAACCUAUUGGUGAAAGCAAGAAGAAAAAAGAAAGAGUGCAUAAAAGGCCACUUGCAGAAACGACCAAUGGCAACUUUCCCAAAUCGUUGGACCAGAGGACUUUCCGACGGAAAGAUAACAUUGGAGGAAAAUUUCCAGAGAAGUUCUGCGCCUAUGUGGAGCUUUUAGACGAAGAAAGACCAGGAAUUGUUAUAGAGGCACAAAAGGUUCAUCCACCCAUCGGAGUAUUUGCGGAAAAAGGGACGUCUGUCAGGAGACGGUCCAUCAACCGUUUACUCCGAGAGAUCGUUCACAAUUGUUCUAAAAUUAUGAAACUCGUUCAAGAUGGCGAAACGGACGUCGGAGGCAUAAAUGACGUUCAAUGGAAAGAAGGCAACGUUCCCCCCACGGUGCAAAGUGGUCGCGCGGAUGUUGACGAGGAACUCCCGGAGCGACACAGUAGGACGAAAGAUGACGAUCACAAAAAAUGUAUCGUGCCGCGGCUCCGCAAACUUGAUCCAGCAAACAACGUUUCGAGAAGGACUCCAUGGACUAAAGACAAAUGCUCCCAGACUGAACCAGAUGUAAACCUCAGUAAACGAUUGAAACGAAAGUAUAGUGUCAAAAGAGACUGUUGUGAGGAUCAAACGUCGUCCCAAUACGAAGAGCAGACAGAGGGACAUCCUCGUGUGUCCAAUAAACGUGCACUCGAAUAGCA